CCUGCGGGGUCCGGAUUGGCUGUGGGCAGCGGCGCCGCUCCGGAAGAGAACCCUUGGACUGAUUGGACUCCUUCCUUCUGACAUUAUUGCCUGGAUGGAACAUGAGGCUACCCAACUAGAAAAGCAGCACGUGCAUAGCGUGUAUGAAAAUACAGCAGCCUACUUCAAUGAUCUGCAGAGCAAAGCAUGGCCUCGUGUUCGAAACUUCCUGCUGGAGCAGAAGCCUGGCAGUCUCAUCGCUGAUAUAGGCUGUGGAACUGGAAAGUAUCUCAGUGUCAACAAUCAGGUGUAUAAUAUUGGCUGUGAUUACUGUGGACCAUUGGUAGAAAUUGCAAGGAAGAAAGAUGAAGAAGUUCUGGUGUGUGACAACCUUAACCUUCCCUUCAGGGACCAGUGCUUCAAUGCAGUCAUUUCCAUUGGUGUGAUCCAUCAUUUCUCAACUAAACAAAGAAGAAUCAAAGCAAUAAAGGAAAUGGCAAGGGUAUUGAUACCCGGAGGCCAGAUGAUGAUCUAUGUUUGGGCUAUGGAACAAAAGAAUCGUCGCUUUGAGAAACAAGACGUACUUGUUCCAUGGAACAAGGCCUUGUGCUCACGGCAUUUUUCAGAAUCAAAUCAAUCUGGAGAUAAGGGUGAGUUUGUGCAUGCAGUAAAGAGCCAAGAUAUACAUCCUGCACAGCUAGUCAUCUCUGAUUGCAGCUACCAAACCAAUCUCCAGCCAGAAAUUGACUCAAAACAUUCCCACAAUAUGGACCAUUGCUUGUCCAGAGCCUGCUGCAUGAAAAUUUCUGAAGAAGAAAACAGAUUUUACAGUGCUCUAGGAAGAUCUUUCCGCUCAUGGUUUUUCUCUACAUCCCUUGAUGAAUCAGCCCUGAGAAAGCAAGCUGACAAAAUGAAGCCUCCAAAGAAUGAAGGAGAUUGGGCAAACAGUACUGUACCCAUUCAGCAUUCGCGACAUUGCAGUUUGGAUUUAGGUCACCGUGGGACACUGUUAAAAGAACAAAGUUUAGAUGAUGAUGAUGUGUUUGUGGAAAGCCUGUCUCUCAAAAAAACACAGUGGUCAUCAGCCACAGAUGCACUGAGGGACUUAAGUUUAAAUGGAGGACACCAAAGUGUUGCUCAGAGCAAGAGUGAAGAAGCUUCAUGUAUAAAUGGCCCAGUGGAAGACAGGGACUACAGCUGUGGUUGUAAUAAAGAUGGUGCUGGUAAGUCUAAUGCAAGCAAGUCUUCUUUUAAAAGAACUUCAACAACUGACUCCACUGACUCUGCUUUGGAUUCAGCAGUGUCUGUUGGGGACCAAACUGAUGCCACAUUGGAUACAAAAGCCUUCAUGCGUUACUAUCAUGUUUUUCGGGAAGGGGAGUUGUGCUCUCUGGUAGAAGAGAGUGUGCCUGAGCUGCAGAUACUUUCUUCCUGUUAUGACCAUGGAAACUGGUGCAUUAUUGCAGAGAAAAGAGGAACAUAGCUGUAAAGACAACAAAGCAGAAUCCAGUGACUGAGGCUUUUAAGCUUCUCCUUGUGUUUCUGUGAUCGUGCAGUGUGACAUGAAUUUUGGAUCUCAUGUAGUUGCCAUGUGCCAUUCAUUUCUAAGUGAUCUACCUGUUUAACUAUCUAAUGCAAGGUGUGUAUAUACGAAUGUAAGUGGUAAACAAUAUUUAUGUUUUGUUAAACUUUUAUGAGGCUAAAACUGGAGAGUUUUAUAUUUCUUUUUGCAAAUAAUUGUGGUUUUAAAUAUACUUUUCUACUGAGAAAUAAAACCUUUUUAUAAGACAA